AUAUUGGCUAGCGUUAAAAAAUCGUAUACCGAACUGCACAGGAAGUUGAUUCCUGGUAUAAAUACUCAAGACUUUUAAACUAUCGGUGUUGGCUAGGGUUUAAGGAUUUAUCCAAAAAUGGGCACGAGAUUCCUGAACUCAAGAACAUCACCCAAAAACCUCUACCAGCUCCUCCAAUCCCGCUUCGGACAUUCCCCGCCACCGCCAGUUUCUCAAUUCCUUCGGAGCCUUCACUCCGUUUCCCGUGAUUUCCACAAAUCCCAUCCCAGAAACUCCAGGGAAUUCGUCUCCGCCCCUAUCUAUAACCUCGAUGAAGCCGGUGCUUCUGCGCUCAGCCCCGAUAACCGCGUUCCGGCCACCGUGGUCACCGGUUUUCUCGGUUCCGGAAAGACAACUCUCCUGAAUCAUAUUCUUACAUCUCAACACGGAAAGCGGAUUGCUGUCAUAGAAAAUGAGUUUGGUGAGGUGGAUAUUGAUGGAUCAUUGGUUGCUAGUCAUUCCUCUGUGUCUGAAGACAUUGUCAUGGUUAAUAAUGGUUGCCUAUGCUGUACUGUACGAGGAGAUCUCGUUAAGAUGCUUUUGAAGUUGGUCAAGGAAAAAGGAGAUAGAUUUGAUCAUAUUGUUAUAGAAACAACAGGCCUUGCAAAGCCAUCUCCUGUUAUAGAAACUUUCUGUACUGAUGAACUGGUUUCACGUUAUGUGAAACUAGAUGGAGUUGUUACUUUGGUUGACUCAAAGCAUGCAAUGCCACAUUUGACUGAGGUCAAACCAAGAUUUGUGGUGAAUGAAGCGGUAGAACAAGUCGCCUACGCUGACCGUAUUAUUUUGAACAAGGUAGAUUUGGUCAGCGAGGCUGAGUUGGAGGUAUUGACUAAGAAAAUCAAGCAUAUUAAUGGGAUUGCACAAGUUAAGCUAGCUAAAUUUGGAUCUGUUGACAUGGAUUUUGUUUUGGGAGUUGGAGGAUAUGAUCUUGAAAGAAUUGACUCUGAAGUUCAUGUAGAUAGUUCCUGUUCUGCGACCCAUCAACACGAAACCGGACAUGAACACCACAAAGGGCAUCGUCACGAUCAUACACAUGAUUCUACUGUCUCUAGUGUCAGUAUUGUUUCCGAGGGAAGUCUUGAUCUUGAUGAGCUUGAUGAUUGGCUUGAAAGAUUGAUCGAAGAAAAAGGAGAGGACUUGUAUAGAAUGAAGGGCAUCUUGUCUGUUAGUGGUUCUGAGCAGCGUUAUGUUUUUCAGGGGGUGCAUUCUACCUUGGAUGGCUGCCCAGGCAGAACAUGGGGACCCGAUGAGAAGAGAAUUAACAAACUGGUGUUCAUAGGAAGAAAUUUGGACGAAACUGCUCUAAGAAAAGGUUUCAAAGGUUGUCUAGUAUGAGCAAGUGUUUUGUUUUGUUUUGUUUUUUUGUUCCAUUUUAUAGGGUAAAUGGUGGGUGGAUGACGGCACAGAGUGCACCUAAGAAAGGCUUUUAGUUUCACAAGUGUUUACAGUCAAACUCUCAAGAAUUUUGGACAUCUCUGGUAUGUAAGAGAACUAUUGAUAAACCUCUAAUAACUUCUCUCUCUGAUA